CAUAAUGAAAUCGUUAUGUAUCUCGUCUUCUUGCACGACAACGUACACAUCGUGAGUUAUUCAGAUAGUGGCGUGAUGUGCAAGUGGAACUGCAAUACAGGACUUCUGGUCAGGGAACCAUGGGAAGACAAGGGGGAAGACGAGGGGGAAGACGAGAGGGGAGAGAUAGUUGCACUAGUGCUUUCACCAGACGGGAAGACUAUUGCGUGCGGAAGGUAUGACGGAUGUGUUGAGCGAUGGGAUACCGACGGAAAUAUGAUUGAAGGCGAGUGGGCGGAUCAUGAUGGUGGGCGAGUAAAAUCACUGUCUACUGGCGGUAUCGCACAACUAUGGGAUACAGAAUCCUAUCAACCACUUGGCGAGCCAUUCAGCCAGGAUUAUUACAAUCGCCUUCACCAUGUGUCAUUCUCUCGAGAUGGGAGAUACAUCACACAUGGCGGGAACAACAGCAAAAUAACUUUGUGG